AUGUCUUUGGAAAUGGCUCAACUUCGAAUGGAUCACCCCUGUCGCCAAGAGGGAGAGAAAAAGUUUAAUGAACUAAAAGAGUUACUACUUAAUUUCUUCAUUAGCGAACUCACUGAAUAAGACUAUGGUAGUCUUUUAAGUAGCAAAUACUCACGAUUUCCUCAUUGCAUUGUAAUCGUAAAUUGAUAGCCUACACGUCGAUUAGUCAAGAAGUUCGUAAGAAAGUUUCUGAAUUCCUAAUCAAAGCUUAAAAACUGAGAAAAAACCUAGUAUACUGUUUGCAGUUUCCUUGCCGCCAUAUUUUGAAGUCUUCUUUCGGUCGUUCCCAGUCUCCAAAAAGAAAAGUUUUCGUGACAUCGAGACGCGGGGUCGGGGGUUGGGUAGGAGGAAAGAAUGCGUUCAAACUUGCCCCAAAAGAAAAAUAGGUAGCUCAGUCUUGGAAUUUGUGACUUAAAUCCAUUACAGUUAAAAGAGGAUCUCUUGAUUACAGUCCAGAUCAGCAAAAAAUUUAAACCUGAUUCAGUAAUAUUGCCAUACGUGGGCCAAUAUUUUCCAUGCCUUUUCAUUGCAUCCUUACUAGUAAAGGCUAGUCACAAGUUUAAGCCUGCCCUAGACUAACUGCGGGGAUUUACUGACGUAAGAACUUUUUUCUUUCUAAAUAUAGACAGACAAAAUUGACCCGUUUUAUGUAUUCACCUACCGGAUUAAUGUUAGAGCAAAUGGACUUGCUGACCGGGGACAACCAGAUCUUGAAAAUAAGUCGCUAACUUUGUACUUAAGGCUAGAAGCCCUUGUAACUGGAUUGCUCAUAGUAUGAAGAUAAAUCUCUUAAUCUUAAAAGGAAGGAAUAACUUCAUCUUAAUAGUUGUUUUCAGUAAAAAUCUGGCGAAUGACUCACUGGAAAUAAUAAAUUUUGGGGGUAAAAAUCCCGCCCAUUCUACACUUGAGUGAGGUUAUUACGCCGCCUUUUGGCCUCUUCCGCUCCUUGUAUUGAGAUGUCUCGUACUAUACGAUGUUUUCCUCUAACAUUAUUUUCUCACGCUUAGAGGGGCUUCAUUAAUUCUUAUUUUCAAACUGCAAGACUCGAGUUGUGCAUUUUAAAUCUUUAAUUCUGCACUACAGUAUUUUUCUUAGUUUAAGACAUCACCCCCUUGAACUUAACACGUGUUUAAGGUUCUCCGGCUUCCGUCACUUUUUCUGUUUAGUAAUUAGACGAUGAAAGAAUUUUCUAAUCUUAUUCAAAUGAAGCGUGGGAUUACAGACCCACAAGUUCUGGGUGAAUUAACUCAUUUUUCGAAUUUGUGUUUUCGAUGUUUGACUUGACGGUUUUGGUGAUUAACGGAUAAAAAAUUCUCAUUUCUUAGAAUUAUGAAGAAAAGAAACCGUAGCAACAAUAUCACCACGAAAAACAAACAUUAUGAAUAUUGAAAGUAUUUAAUCCCUAAUGCAUGGUUUCUUCUUUCAUUUUUCAAACGUUAGAAUGUUCCUUUUUAAUGACGGGUCAACAAGUUCAUACUUGCCUGGGCGCGAAGUGCAGAUAUCGCGUGAUGUAUACCUGCCGAUGACGUAGUGACGCAAGUAUACACUUUGCCGCGCUUGGCUAUGUUUAAAAGUCUGUGCAUGUAACAGCCGGCGGGAAUACAUUAAGACAAGGAAACGAGAAGAACAUUUUUGAGUUUUGGAUAUCUAGGAAAAUCUUGAUGAAUCCCGAGUCAAGCAAAGCGAAGAGAUGUCUAUUUGGUCGGCCCGAUCAUCAACAACUUGAAGCCGAUUUGAAGAAGGAAUUGAACAAAGACGUACAAGAGAUGAACGAAAAAUAUAAUUUCGAUUUUCCGAGAGGAGAACCGUUAGAAGGAGGCAGAUUCGAAUGGGAAGCGGUUGAGCCGUCAAAACAAGAACAACAAACCACAGGAGCCAGCUGUGGUAGUAGAGAGACGAAAAGUCAGGAAAUCGAAACUGAAAAAUCGUCAGAAAAACCCACAGAAGGCUUCAAAACACCUGCAAAAACCUUCCCGUGACUGUUAAUUCUGUCAAGUUCGUAACUGGCAUUAUUUCAUUUGCUCAAACUUGUGGAACGGGAAUGGUAUUAACUAGCAUUGAUUCAAGUCCAAUAUUUUCUUCUCUUAUAUGUUUUGGGAUUUGUAAACUUUUAAUAUCCACAACCCUUGCCGUGACCUCGUGAUGUCCUUAAACUCGACGAAUAUGGAUGAAUUGAACAGUUGAAUGAAUAAGUACUGUACAGUCAUCAUCACUGGGUCAAACCCUACAGGAAAUGAGCAAUUUGCGGAUUAUUUGUGCGUCUGAUACAACUGUAAAUACGACUUGGAAUUCUGGAUUGUAAAUAGAAUUAUUUAAUUUACCAACAUUGACCUUAAAAAGUUUUAGAUACUCUUUACUUGUGUUGAAUUUGGUUUGAUUUAAUAUUAAGAAGUAUUAUUAUACUUGUCCGCAAAAGUUUACCUACACUGCGUUAAUGUUUAUUUUUCCCUUGUUGUUUUUUGAUGCUCAGAAGGGCAAGAAAAUUUGACGAAUUUCUUUUUAUAAUGAUCACUAAAUAUACUUUAUGAAUCUUUCCUGCGCAAUUUAAUGCAUAAAUAGCGAAAGGAAGGCAACAUUAUAAUAAUAAUAAUAAUAAUAAAGGACUCAAACUGUCUUUAGUUCGCAAGAAUCUUUAAAAUAGAGAUUUGCAGUUUUUAGUUCCGCUUAUAUAAUGGUUUCUCUUCAGGAUCACAGCAAGAUGGAUUUUAUUCUAAAUGCAAAAUUAGUCACACUUUGUUGUCACGCAAGUCGUCACGCAAAGAUGACAGUGACUUAGGGGUCUGGAAAUGACACUUAUUUCGCUCGGAAAGUCCUGAAGUGUGCGUGUUUGUGAGUGCGCUGAGCAGCUUUCGUAGAAAAAAACCUAAAGAAAGGUAGGUACUUAUUAAUACUUCACUUCUGUAAUAACCAGGAUAACUAUUGUUAUUACCUCCUGAGUGACUUAGGUUUGCUAAAUAUAUUUUGAACUUCACUAGACCUUUGGCUGAUCACCUCCUACUUUCUUAGCGGCGCUCGUUGUACAGCGAAAUAUAUCGGCAUGUCCCCAAGCGAAACUUGGAGCCUUUUUUGUUCCUUUAUGUUCAUGUUUAACACAUGAUAUAGUUUUAAUGGCUGAGCAGACUUAAGUCCCUCACUUUAAGUCGUCUGGUAGCCAGGAGAAAAUUUACAGCCAUUUUGUUAUGCAACACCCUUUAUCCAGCACCAUUUGAGGAUCUUUAAAACCCAACUAGCGCCGGCUAUGAACGUGUAUAAAGGGCCAGUCACUUUCUAAAACAUCAGGGUUUGCUGCCAAUGUUCGAGGCCGUGGGGAGCGGCGGAGGGCGCUUUCUUUUUUUUACAAUAUGAAGGUGCUGUUGGCAAAAUGUACUUUGUGGGGAAGGGUUGGUUUGGUAAGCGUGGGUGAUAUUACUUUGUAUUAGUAUGAUAGAAGGUAAAGGCUCACAUGAGCCAAAGGCCCAAAUUGCAUGAGCUUAUGCUGGUUUCCUUAGCAUGAAGCAUCCCUAGGAGUAUUGCAACUCUCCCCUGGACAGGAUGCUAGUCCAUGCCAGGGUUACCUCGUGACAGUAUGUCACCACUACCCAUUUAUACACCUGAGCGAGGAGAGACAAAGUGGAGUAAAGUUCCAUGUCUAAGGAAGCAACACAACGGGCAAGGCUUGUUAACCACUCGGCCACACAUGCCUCCACAAUUCUUGGUUUUCAAGUGACGCCACAAAACUCCAAACCCCAAACUCACAAGAACCUUUAAGGUUUUAUCUCCAUCUAGCAAAAGAUUACUUAAAAAUAAACUUCUGUGUAAGUUUUCAACAAGAUAGCGUUUUCCGUUUCAAAAAUAUAGCUCUUCCUAAUUUUCCAAGUUUACUCUGCGUGACAUUAACAUGGCGACCGAAAAGGCCGUCACAUAUACUAUAAAAUACUUUAUCGAAUGAUAGUAUGCCCUUUGAAUGGUGAAAUUAGUAGAAAAUUUGUUUAGUGGAAUAAUUUGCUUGUUUGCAGUGAAUGAUUGAUCAAAUUUAUGGCGAUACUAAAACCAGAUGUUUGCAUUAUUUCCAGCUGCCAUAUUUGUCUUCCUCAGAGGAGCACAAAUAUGGCAUCCCCAUAGUGAGCCCUAUAAAUAAUUUCUGUUACACAUUUUGAAGAACAACUCAGCAGUGGAAAACUGCACAGAUGUGAGACUUGGCCAGGUUGUUUAUUUAUCGAUAUUCUUAUAAUAUCUGAAAUUCUUGGCCUCAGACAUUCCAUGGUUUUGAUUGAAGUUUUUGAUGGUGUGACAGUGAAAACCAGCAAUAUGGUAGCGGUGGGUUGCAAAAUAUUUUGUGGUGCUAUUCUGUCAACAAUAUUGCCUCUCAUUAUAGUCUUACCAGAUGUUGGCUUGUUUUUGAUGAAGUUUUAUAAAUUAUCAGCCAAUCCCAUUGUGUUCUUGUGCUAACUGUAUUUUUUCUGUUUCAAGAAGAUGAGAAGCUGGGCUGUUAUAACUGGAGCAGGAUCAGGAAUUGGUGCGGCACUCGCCAAAGAAUUGGCACAGCAUGAUCUACAUGUCCUUGCUAUAGGACGUAGACUUGAGGCUUUACAAGAAACUCAGCAGCAUGCCCCAGGCAAUAUCCAUACUCUGGCUGUUGACAUAGCAACAGGCGAAGGGCAGAAUAAAAUAUUGGAUUUUAUUCCUGAAAGUGAUUCUGUAAAAUAUCUAGUGCAAAAUGCUGCUGUUGGGGUUCCCUCUCGCCUUUUAGACAUCUAGCGGGAUGAUUUUGAAUAUGCAUUUGCUGUUAAUGUCACAGCACCCCUUAUGUUGGCGAAGGGAUUCUUUCCAAGGCUCAACACAUGCCAAGGAAGAGUUAUCCAUCUUGGGACUGGUGUCGCCACAACGCCACAAACUUUGUUGUCACGCAAGUCGUCACGCAAAGAUGACAGUGACUUAGGGGUCUGGAAAUGACACUUAUUUCGCUCGGAAAGUCCUGAAGUGUGCGUGUUUGUGAGUGCGCUGAGCAGCUUUCGUAGAAAAAACCUAAAGAAAGGUAGGUACUUAUUAAUACUUCACUUCUGUAAUAACCAGGAUAACUAUUGUUAUUACCUCCUGAGUGACUUAGGUUUGCUAAAUAUAUUUUUAACUUCACUAGACCUUUGGCUGAUCACCUCCUACUUUCUUAGCGGCGCUCGUUGUACAGCGAAAUAUAUCGGCAUGUCCCCGAGCGAAACUUGGAGCCUUUUUUGUUCCUUUAUGUUCGUGUUUAACACAUGAUAUAGUUUUAAUGGCUGAGCAGACUUAAGUCCCUCACUUAAAGUCGUCUGGUAGCCAGGAGAAAAUUUACAGCCAUUAUGUUAUGCAACACCCUUUAUCCAGCACCAUUUGAGGAUCUUUAAAACCCAACUGAACUAGCGCCGGCUAUGACCGUAUAUAAAGGGCCAGUCACUUUCUAAAACAUCAGGGUUUGCUGCCAAUGUUCGAGGCGGUGGGGAGCGGCGGAGGGCGCUUUUUUUUUUUACAAUAUGAAGGUGCUGUUGGCAAAAUGUACUUUGUGGGGAAAGGUUGGUUUGGUAAGCGUGGGUGAUAUUACUUUGUAUUAGUAUGAUAGAAGGUAAAGGCUCACAUGAGCCAAAGGCCCAAAUGGCAUGGGCUUAUGCUGGUUUCCUUAGCAUGAAGCAUCCCUAGGAGUAUUGCUACUCUCCCCUCGACAGGAUUCUAGUCCAUCCCAGGGUUACCCCGUGACAGUAUGUCACCACUACCCAUAUAUACACCUGGGCGAGGAGAGACAAAGUGGAGUAAAGUUCCAUGUCUAAGGAAGCAACACAACGGGCAAGGCUUGUUAACCACUCGGCCACAAGUACACAUGCCUCCACAAUUCUUGGUUUUCAAGUGACGUCACAAAAAUCCAAACUCCAAAAUUGCAAGAACCUUUAAGGUUUUAUCUCCAUCUAGCAAAAGAUUGCUUAAAAAUAAAUUUCUGCAUAAGUUUUCAACGAGAUAGCGUUUUCUGUUUCGAAAAUAUAGCUCUUCCUAAUUUUCCAAGUUUGCUCUGCGUGACAUUAAUAUGGUGACAGAGAAGGCCAUCACAUAUGCUAAAAAAUAAUUUAUCAAAUGAUAUUAUGCCCUUUGAAUGGUGAAAGUAGUAGCAAAUGUGUUUAGCGGAAUAAUUUGCUUGUUCGCAAUGAACAAUUGAUCAAAUUUAUGGCGACACUGAAACCAGAUGUUUGCAUUAUUUCCGGCCGCCACAUAUUUGUGCUCCUGAGGAGCACAAAUAUGGCAUCCCCAUAGUGAGCCCUAUAAAUUUCUGUUACACAUUUUGAAGAACAACUCAGCAGCGAAAAAAUUGCACAGAUGUGAGACUUGGCCAGGUUGUUAAUUCAUCAAUAUUCUAUAAUAUCUGAAAUUCUUGGCCUCAGAAAUUCCACAGUUUUGAUUUAAGUUUUUGAUGGUGUGGCAGUGAAAACCACCAAUAUAAUAGUUGUGGGUCACAAAAUAUUUUGCAGUCAUUCUGCUCAUUUUGCUAAGUUCUGUCAACAAUAUAGAGUACUAAAGUGAUGACGUCAUAAAAAUGAAAUUUCUGAAAUUAUGGGAUUUGUCAGGAUAUUCUGAAAGAACAACGUCCAAGAGGCCUACUUGCCAAAAAUGAGCAUUUCGGGGCAAGUUGUCUCUGAGAUCGUAGCCCAGUUAUACUCAGAAAACUCCAUACAAACCCUUCUAAUUUUUUUUUGGGUCGACCCAAAAAAAAUUUAGAAGGGUUUGUAUGGAAUUUUGUAAGCAUAACUGGGCUACGAUCUCAGAGACAAUUUGCUCCCAAAUGCUUGUUUUUGGCAAGUAGGCCUCUUGGACAUUGUUCUUUCAGAAUAUCCUGACAAAUCCCAUAAUUUCAGAAAUUUCAUUUUUAUGACGUCACACUUUAGUACUCUAUUGCCUCUUAUUAUAGUCUUAUGAGAUAUUGGCUUGUUUUUGAUGAAGUUUUAUAAAUUAUCAGCCAAUCCCAUUGUGUUCUUGUGCUAACUGUAUUUUUUCUGUUUCAAGAAGAUGAGAAGCUGGGCGGUUAUAACUGGAGCAGGAUCAGGAAUUGGUGCAGCACUCGCUAAAGAAUUGGCACAGCAUGAUAUACAUGUCCUUGCUAUAGGACGUAGACUUGAGGCUUUACAAGAAACUCAGCGGCAUGCCCCAGGCAAUAUCCAUACUCUGGCUGUUGAUAUAGCAACAGGCGAAGGGCAGAAUAAAAUAUUGGAUUUUAUUCCUGAAAGUGAUUCUGUAAAAUAUCUAGUGCAAAAUGCUGCUGUUGGGGUUCCCUCUCGCCUUUUAGACAUCCAGCGCGAUGAUUUUGAAUAUGCAUUUGCUGUUAAUGUCACAGCACCCCUUAUGUUGGCGAAGGGAUUCUUUCCAAGGCUCAACACAUGCCAAGGAAGAGUUAUCCAUCUUGGGACUGGUGUCGCCACAACGCCACAGCUAGGGACCAUAACAUAUGGCAUCACAAAAAUGGCAUUUCAACGGUUGUAUGAACAACUUGUCAUAGAAUUCAAGGGAACACAUGUCCAGAUUGCGGAUGUCCGUCCUGGAGUUGUAGACACUGAGGGCUUGUGGGAGCAUAUCAGGCUAGCAAAGCAACAUAAACUCCCCCAUGUCUCAUACUUUGACCAGGUUCAAAAGGAAGGGAAAGUGGCAACUGCAGAAUUUGCUGCCAAAUUUUUGAAGUUUGUUAUGGUUGACACAACAAGUGAGGAGUUUUCCAAGGUGUGGAACAUUCAUAAUUCAGAACACUGGCAGAGAUGGAAGACAGUUUGAAAUAAACUUGUCAGUGAUGUCCUUGAACAACUUCUGUUAUGUUGGUAAGGUGCUUUAAUUAUUGUUUUGACGGCCCCAAAAUUCCCAUCGUUUUAGUAUGGACUGGAAAGGCUCUGAGGGUUUUUCACUUAGAAGACAAUAUUCAGGAAAAAAAUUAAAAUGUUUUUUUUCCUUUUCACAAUUAUGAAGUGUAUGCAUGUAUACUGAAAAACUAAUGGAUUGAUGUGCAUGUGAAAGUGCUACUAAACAGCUGACUAAAGAUCACCUUUCUUUGUAAAUUGAAUUAUAAAUAGCUUAUUAAUAAUCUCAUUUAAUUUGAAGCUUUGUAAUUGGUCACAGUAUCUUAAUGAGUUUGUUCUUUGAAAACUAGCUCUUAAGUUUUAAGUGAGCAUUCUUUGUUCGUAAAGUGAGUUCGGGUCGUCUAUGCCCUUGUCACAUGACCUUCAGUGAUUUGACACCUGUCAUUCUACAUCCAUCCACAAAGGGAAUAGCAAACUGCCGAAAUCCAAUAAAUUGAACUUUUGAUUGGUUCGUUAGGUAGUAUAAUAAUUAUGCUAAUUUAUUCGUGGUUUCUUCGGAACCGUAGACAAAACAGAAGAAAGUACUAAGAAUAAAUUCAACUUUUUGACAACAACAGCAUUGCACAGAUGAUUUUAUUUUGUCGCUGAUGAGGUAAUUUUUGUGGUUAUAAUCGGACACGGAAGUUUUAGAUGUUUCGAAGUAAAAUCCCAAUACUUAUCAGCUUGGACCAUAUUCGCCCCAAAGAUCCUCCACUGUCUUUGGGGGUAGCAAGUAUCAUCAGCUAUUUAAAGCAGAAGAAGAUCGAAUUCGCUGCUCAUACUUACAAUAUUGCGGAAGAAACACAGAUUUCUCCUUUAGCAAGGAAAAUCCUCGAUACGGUAUGGAGUCGAUACGACGAUCCGAAGUACGAUCUUAUGUUUGGAGGUUUCGUCUGGAACGAGCCCUUUCUCAAAACGAUUCUGCAAGAGCUGAAAAACUAUCGUUAUCGAGGGCGAAUUGUUAUGGCUGGUCCUCAGGUGUCGUACGUCGAAAAAGGCCAGCUUGAAAGCUAUUAUCCUGAGGUGGAUGCUUUUAUUCGAGGAUAUGCGGAGAUAGCCGUGGCAGAAUUAGCACAAGGGAAGGACGAUGUUUUAGGAGUUCACUUUGCUGGCGCAUCUGACAGGUAACGAAGAGAUGUUAUGCUAGUAGCGUACAAUAAACAAGGAUACCUAACGAUAACUUUAAUUCUCCCAAAUACAUUUAAAAACUGUUUUAGGCUGCCUGGAGUGCCUUUAAAGUACUAAACGGUGCUAGAAAACUGUUAACUUUUUGGUCUUCGGCCUUCCUAGAGCAUACUUUUCGAAUUAUAAGCUCUUUCUUACUUAUUUUUCCCGAAAAGCUAAGAUGUUUAUAUUUAGCUAUAUUUAUACGUUUACGAAAUCGAGAUGUUAUACCCAUUUCUGUCAUUAUUUACGAAACCGAAAAUGUUGAGGCUUUCACGUUUUUUCCCGAAAAAAUUUAUAUGCUUUUUAUAAUUAUUUGCAGGAGACAUAAUGGCACUGGUCUUAAUGUGGCUCUUGGUUUAUAAAAUCGUGAGAGGACGCUCUUUCUGUCACUAUUCAGUAAUCAAAACUUCUAUCAAUUUUAGGGGACCGGAGCGGUUCUUUCUUAUGAAUAAUAGUUUAAUCUAUAGAGUGAAAUUUUGAAUAUCUUAACUUCCGAAAAUAGUGGGAAAGUUUAAGAAAAAACGGCGAAGAUUUCAGAUGAAUGAACAGUACCGCUGGUCUAAUAUACAAGGUUGCGAAAACAGCUGUCUUUCCUCGCUCCUCGCCGCUUGGAACGUUUCCCCCGGUUUCCCGGCCUCCAGGCGAAACGUCCGUAGAGGCGAGGAACAACAAGAGAAGGCUGUCUUCGUAGGCUACUAAGAGACUUUCGGGGCGUCUAUUAAUUUUAGGAGCCUAAGAGAAGAGGUGUAUAUAAAACGGGGGCGUUUUAAAGAGGGGACGGGGCGUGUAUUAAAUAAGGGGCGUUUAUUAUGAGCGGGGGGGAUUAUUAUUUGAGAGAGGGAAUCUAUAAGAUCAUUUACGUCAUUUUCCAUGUUUCAACAGGGGUCUUCACACAGCCACCACUAUAGCCCAGCUCCCAUCGCCUUUCUUAGAUGGCACACUGAAGCCACAGCCCUUCAUGCGCUGGGAAACAACACGAGGCUGUCCCUACAGCUGUUCGUUUUGCCAGCACAGAGACCCAGCUUCGUGGCGAUCGUCAAACAAAAGCUGGACGAAAAUUCAACACGCGCAAAGAGAUCGCAUCCUCGCAGAAAUAGAGUGGUUUGUUGAGAACGGUGUGAAAGAUGUAGCAGUACUAGACCCGACUUUCAACACCACAAAUGGAUACACCGUUCUGGAUUUUUUAGAGCGCCUUGGGUUUUCGGGGAAAAUAAGUUUACAGUGCCGUCCGGAGCGAGUGACUCCUGCAUUUUUAGAUCAGGUGGAAUCGCUGAGUAAAACUACUGGAGCUGAUGUCAUUUUAGAGUUUGGUGUGCAGACACUUGAUCCAGCAGAACUUGUGCACAUCGAACGCGUGAAGAAUGCCAAUCCGCACAGCUUAGCUAAGAAAGUUUUAGAGAAACUGGCGCUCGUUCAGAAGCGAAAAAUUAACCACGAAAUCAGUCUCAUUUUUGGAUUGCCCUUACAGACUGUAGAAAGCUUUCAAAGAACGAUUCAUCAUCUUCAGGAGAUCACAGAUGGGUCGCUGGUCGCCUUUCCUCUGAUGUUGUUGAGGGGCACACCAUUAUAUUAUCAAAAAGAAGCGCUGGGAUUGGUUCAGGGUACCGAUAUAGCACAUCCUAUUUUGGAUCGGAUUCAAAAAUAUAUCCCACACGUUGUGUCCACGCCGUCCCUGACUUACAGUGACUGGAAACAAAUGGCUGACAUCGCUGUGUCAUUGCAGCAACGCCACCCAGAACACCAACCUCGGAUAAGUCACGCUGAAGCAUAA